ACCUGGAGCAGCACAACAGGUGCACUAAAGUGAAGUGGAGUGGAGUGAAACAACACGUCGAGAUCUAACUUGUAACUUUUAGUUUUUAAUGUAGUGCAAAUUAAAUGUGAUUUUAUCAGCACGAGCCCGUGUGAAUCAGUGCUGUUGCCAUGGCGCUGUCGGAGCUGUACACUCAGUAUAACAGAGUCUGGGUUCCGGACACAGAGCAGGUGUGGAAGUCAGCUGAGCUCCUCAGAGAUUACACACCUGGAGAUCCAGUUCUACACCUGCAGCUAGAGGAUGGAACUGAGAUCCAGUACCCUGUAGAGGUGGACGGUCAGUUACCUCCACUCCGUAACCCAGACAUCCUAGUGGGAGAGAAUGACCUAACUGCUCUGAGCUACCUUCAUGAACCAGCUGUGCUGCACAACCUGAGGGUCAGAUUUGUGGACUCUAAAAUCAUCUACACAUACUGUGGCAUUAUCCUUGUAGCCGUAAACCCAUAUAAACAGCUGCACAUUUAUGGAGAUGCAGUCAUCCGUGCUUACUCUGGCCAGAACAUGGGGGAUCUGGACCCUCAUAUAUUUGCGGUGGCGGAAGAAGCUUAUAAACAGAUGGCAAGGAACAACAAGAAUCAGUCCAUCAUAGUCAGUGGGGAGUCUGGAGCUGGGAAGACUGUGUCUGCUCGCUAUGCUAUGAGAUACUUCGCAAUGGUCAGCAAAUCUAGCAGUAACACACAGGUGGAGGACAAAGUUUUGGCAUCGAACCCCAUCACUGAAGCAAUCGGUAACGCAAAGACCACCAGGAAUGACAACAGCAGUCGCUUUGGGAAAUACACUGAAAUCAGCUUCGACCGGAGAUACCAGAUCAUCGGUGCUAACAUGAGGACAUACCUCCUAGAAAAGUCUAGGGUUGUUUUUCAGUCGGAGAACGAAAGAAACUAUCACAUCUUCUAUCAGAUGUGUGCUUGUGCAGACCACAAAGACUUUAAGAGCCUGAGACUGUUGAGUGCAGACAAGUUUAAUUACAUCUGCAUGGGAGGGCAGACGGAGAUCGAGGGAGUUGACGAUCGUGCUGACAUGGCUGAAACCUGCCGCACUUUCAAUCUGCUGGGACUAAAGAGUGACUUUCAGAGUGAUGUAUUCAAGAUGAUGGCAGGAAUUUUGCACUUGGGAAACGUGGUGAUCCGAGCAGUCGGCUCAGACCAGUCAUCCAUCAAUUCAACUGACCCUCACCUGGUUGUGUUCUGUGAUCUGCUUCAAGUCAGAGUAGAAGAUAUGUGUCGCUGGUUAUGUUCUCGGCGUAUUGUCCUGGCAUCUGAGACUGUGAUCAAACCACAGCCAAGGGAGCGUGCCAUAAAUGCUCGCGAUGCACUGGCCAAGCAUCUUUAUGCUUAUCUCUUUGACUGUGUCAUCCACAGGAUCAACCAAGCCCUGCGUGUGCCUGGAAAACAGCACUCUUUUAUUGGUGUGCUGGAUAUCUAUGGGUUUGAAACCUUUGAUGUGAAUAGCUUUGAGCAGUUUUGCAUCAACUAUGCUAAUGAGAAACUCCAACAACAGUUUAAUUUGCACGUGUUUAAACUAGAGCAAGAGGAGUACAUGAAGGAGGACAUCCCCUGGACGCUGAUUGAUUUCUAUGACAACCAACCGGUCAUUGAUCUUAUCGAGGCCAAAAUGGGCAUCCUGGACUUGCUGGAUGAGGAGUGUCUGUUUCCUCAGGGUACUGAUAACAACUGGCUGCAAAAGCUCUAUAAUUAUCUGAGCUCAAAGCCUAUGUUUGAGAAACCUCGUCUGUCCAAUGAGGCGUUUGUGAUCCAUCACUUUGCAGACCGGGUAGAAUAUCAGAGUAAAGGUUUCUUGGAGAAGAAUAGAGAUACACUCUACGAAGAGCUGGUGGACAUAAUGAGAGCCAGCAAGUUUCUUCUCUUGGCAGGUUUCUUUACCGAAGAAGACCAAAAAUCUGUGCAGACAGUGAAGGGUGUCAAAGUGAAAGCAGCACGACCUGGAGUCAAACCAACCAAUAAGCAACUCAGAACCACUGUAGGAGAUAAGUUUCGAAGUUCAUUGUAUCUGUUAAUGGAAACUCUUAAUGCCACCACACCGCAUUAUGUCCGCUGCAUUAAGCCUAAUGAAGAAAAGCUGCCCUUUGAAUACGACUCUGUGCGUGUGGUGCAGCAGCUGCGGGCUUGUGGAGUACUAGAGACUGUUCGGAUUAGUGCUAAGAGCUACCCAUCUAGGUGGACCUACAUUGAGUUCUACAGCCGUUACAGUAUUCUGAUGAGCCAGGCUGAGCUCAGACUGGGGGAGAAAAAGCAGACAUGUAAAACAGUGCUGCAGAGGCUCAUCCCUGACUCUAAUCAGUACAAGUUCGGACGGACCAAAAUCUUCUUCCGGGCAGGACAGGUGGCAUAUCUGGAGAAGCUGCGUUUAGAUUAUCUGCGCACUGCAUGUGUUACCAUCCAGAAGCAUGUGAGGGGCUGGGCUCAGAGACGCAGAUAUCUACGCAUGAGACAAGCUGCCAUCAUCAUCCAGCAGUACAUCCAUGGCAAGAGGCAGAUCAGACACAUGGUUACAGCAGCAGCUCUGAAGCAGGGCUGGGCAGCUGUGGUCAUCCAGAGGCAUUGUCGUGGCUAUCUUGUACGCCGGCUUUACCAGCUUUUACUGGUGGCUGCAGUCACUAUUCAGGCAUAUACCAGGGGAUGGAUUGCCCGCAAGCGCUACAGAAAGAUGUUAGAGGAGCAUAAGGCUCUGAUUCUACAGAAGUAUGCUCGGGCCUGGCUGGUGCGUCGCCGCUUCCAGACCAUGCGCCGUCUCGUCCUGAACGUGCAGCUCUCUUACAGAGUCCAGCAGCUGCGGAAGAAAUUGGAGGAACAGAGUAAAGAGAAUCGUGGUCUGAUGGAGAGACUGACCAGACUGGCCAACGCUCAUGCUCAGGGAUUGGACAAGGUGCAGUCCCUGGAGGUGGAGCUUAGCAAAGCAGCCAAUGAGAGGCUAUCUGUUGAAGAGAGAGAGAAGAAGAAGGAAGAGAAAAGCAGUCAGGUGAUUGCUCAGCUUCGGGAUGAAAGGGAUAAAGUCAGUCUGGAGAAUCAGGCUCUCCAAACCAAACUCAAAGAUUCCAUACAACAAAUGACAGGCAAUUUUGAAGGUUUGAAGAAAAAGCUCAUAGAGGACUUAGAGAGAGAAGAGAGGCUGAGAAAGGUCGCAGAACACAACAGUGAGCUGCAGAAGGAGGACUUGGAUAAAGAGAUUGCAGCAUUAAAGGAGGAGAAUCGCAGGCUGAGAGAAGAAAAGAUCCAGCUGGAGGCAAAGGCUGAGGAGGACACACAGAUCAAAAAAGAGCUCGAGGAGCAGCUCGGUCAGUUCGCCAAACAUGUCAAGGUGAUACCAGAGUUGCAUAAAGAGAUUAACAGCCUCCAAAAUGAAAAAACUGAAGCAGAGAGAAUGAUCAGGGAGAAAACGGCGCAGACCAGAGCAAAAAUUAAUAUGAUUACCAGACAGCUCAUUGGUGACACAAACGAAGAGGAGCUCAUUCUCAGGUUGAGUAAAGAUGCCACAGAACCUGCUGAUGAUGAAGGAGAUCUACUGUUUGCAUUUAAUGAGCUGCAGAACACCACCAGGCUCGUGGAGAAUCAUUUACGUGAGCAAAGGGAAGGUUACAAAAGUGAACUGGAGACACUGGUUUUUAAAAACGAUCACCUGAUGAGAGAGAACCAGCAGCUACAAGCCCUCUUUCAGGAGAAGAGCGAUGUGAACCACAGCAUUGGACAGGAGGUGGCCAGGCUCACUGCUGAAAACAUGGUUAUCCCCGAACUGAAGCAACAGGUAACAGAGUUACGGCGUCACAGACAGGAGCUGGAAACUCAGCUAGAACAACAACGCACUGAGAUGACUGAAAGUAAUGUAAGAGUAUCUAAUGAGCUUCAGCGUAAGCUUGAAGAGGAAAGCUCCCAAAAAAGGCUUUUGGAAGAAAGGAACAGAGAUAAUGAGAGGGAAAGGGAGGAGAUGGAGAAGAGGCUGGAGGAGCUAGAGGAGAAGAUAGAGCAGCUGAAGAGACAACAGCAAACAGACAACGAAGCCAAGACCAAACUCAGACUAGAGACUUCACGCCUUACGGCUGAGAACAUGGACUUUGAAGAGCAAUCAGAUAUGAAAGACAGAACCAUAAAGCGGCUGCAGGACCAAAUCAAAGCUCUUCAGGCACCAGUGAAAGUCAGUGAGAAAGAUGGACCAGCUGUUCCAAAAGAAUACCUUGGCAUGCUGGAGUAUAAGAAAGAGCAUGAAGGUCGGAUUGUGCAAACAUUAAUACAUGAGCUGAAGCCGAGGGGUGUGGUGGUGAAUAUGAUCCCUGGUUUGGCAGCCCAUCUGCUUUUUAUGUGCAUUCGGCAUGCUGACUAUCUGAAUGAUGGAGCAAAGCUCAAGUCCCUCAUGCAUGCCAUCAUCUCUGGAAUCAAACAAGUCACCACGAACCAUCAAGAAAACUUUGAGAUCUUGUCCUUCUGGCUCUCCAACACAUACUACCUGCUCAACUGCCUCAAACAGUACAGUGGAGAAGAAGAGUUUAUGAAGCACAAUACACCUCGUCAGAAUAAGAACUGCCUUCAAAACUUUGACCUGUCAGAUCACAGACAGAUCUUCAGUGAUCUUGCCAUUCAGAUCUAUCACCAGUUUAUCAGUGUGAUGGAAGAUGCCCUUUUCCCUAUGAUUGUCUCUGGGAUGCUGGAGCACGAGAGCCUUCAGGGCAUCUCAAGCAUGAAGCCCACAGGUUUCCGUAAGCGCUCCAACAGCAUACUGGGAGAUGGGCUCCGAGAAGGCGAGGGCCACAGCUACAGCAUCUCCUCCAUCCUAGAACUGCUGAGCGACUUCCACAGCUGCAUAGCACAGCAGGGCAUGGAUCAGCAGCUGCAGAGUCAGGCCCUUCGCCAGCUCUUCUACCUGAUCGGCGCUACCUCACUCAACAGCAUCCUCCUCCGCAAAGACCUCUGCUCCUGCCGCAAGGGCAUGCAGAUCAGAUGUAAUAUCAGUUACUUAGAAGAGUGGCUAAGGGAUAAAGGCCUUCAGGGCUACAACAUUAUGGACACUCUGGCACCGCUGUCACAGUCCGCCUGGCUCCUGCAGGUGAACAAAACCACAGACGAUGAUGCAGCAGAGAUUCAGCAGAGAUGCCACGAGCUCUCACCAGUUCAGAUUGUGAAGAUCCUCAACUCAUACACUCCCAUUGAUGACUUUGAAAAGAGAGUUGCGCCGUCUUUUGUGCGGAAAGUUCAGGCACUGCUACAGGAUCGUGAGGGCUCGAAUCAGUUGAUGAUGGACACACAGUAUCGCUUCCAAGUUACUUUCCCAUUCUGCCCAUCCACACAAGCUCUGGAGCUCCUGCAGGUGCCCAACAGCCUUCACCUGAGCUUUGUCACCCGCGUAUGAGCCCUGACAUUGGACUAACUUUACAGCAAUGAUCUUCAAUGAUCUUCCACAGCUAUCAACAUAUCAACUAUUACACCAAGGCUUUUUAUGAAAUAAUCACUAUUUUUGAUUAAUACAUGAAAAUGUUGGUUACUCAUUAUGCUAUUUUAGACUUUAGACUGUCAUAUAAAAAAUGCUGACUUUUCAAAGUAUGUUUUUGAUUUAUGUGAUUAUAUACAGUAUAUAUAUUUAAAAAAAAAAAAGUAUUUUAUGGAACAUUUCCAGCAGCAAAUUGCUAUAAAUGAACAAAAUAUAUGUAUGCUAUAUAGGCAACACUUUAUGGACACCUGGGCAUCACACCCAUAUGUGCUUGCUGAACUUCUCAUACCAGAUUUAGUCCCCUGUUUGUGUUAUAAGCUCCACUCUUCUUUUGAAGGCUUUCCACUAGAUGUUGGAGUGUGGCAGUGGGAUCUGUGGUUAUUCAGCUAAAAGAGCUGUUAGUAAGCUCAGGUCACUCGAGUUCUUCCACUCCAAUCUUCUUGAACAGUGGUUCUCGCUUUGUGCACAGAUGAACUGUCAUGCUGGAACAGGGUUUGAGCCUCUUAUUUCCAGUGAAGGGAAAUUGUAACGCUACGGUGUCCACAUAGUAUUGUCCAUAUUGUGUAUUAUGGAUUAUGAUAUAUUAUUAUGAUUUAAUGUAGUCUCUUGAACCAUUUUUAACUACAUGAAAGUGUUAGACACUUCGACUUUACUUGUGUUACAUUAUUUAUAAAGCAUUUAAAACGUUUUGGCUAAUAAAAUAACUUGCACACUGUAUAAAAUAAA